CACCUCGUGCCAUUUUUGUUUCCUCACUGAAUUGAAAUUACAGUCCAGUUUAAUACGGGGCUUUCCAAUACAGAAAUCCAAAUAAAUCCUAAGGGUAAAGCGACCCAUUUGAAAGGAGAGACUAAAAUGGACUAGUGCGUCGUUGUCCGCCUGGCUUCCAUUCCAUGUGAAUAGUGUGGACUCGGCAGCCAAGUGCCCAACUCUUUUAGCAUCUUUGGACUCUUCAGCCAAGUGUCCCGGAUUCCGUCGGGAAGCAGUGCCGCUCCAAUGCCGGAGAACGGAGUUGAGCUUGCAGCAGUACCACCCUUCGCCGAUACCUUGACUGGGCUAACCGAUGCCAACGGCGGCAAUGACCUUGACAUCGAUGGCCGCAUUCACGAGCUCUCCGAAAUCAUCAUGCAUGAAAUGUGUGCUAGCCGGGUGCCCCGACCAGGGAAACCAGAGAUCUAUCGCGUUCCCGAGACGUUCCUCGCCGCCGACGAGGGCGCCUACCAGCCGAGGUUCCUGUCCCUGGGGCCAUAUCACCGCGGCGACUCCGCCACGGAGGAGAUGCGGCGCACCGACGAGCGCAAGCUAGAGAACCUGGCCUACGCCCUCCAAGACGGCGGGCCGUCGGUGGAAGAGUACAUGGAGGCCAUAGCGUCCGUUGAGGCCGACGCCAGGAGCCGCUACGACGGAGACGUCGCCAUGGAGUGGGGCGCGUUCUGCAGGAUGCUACUGCUCGAUGGGUUCCAGCUGAUUACAGUGCUCAAGUUUCUCGGCUAUGAGCCGCCGCCGCUUCCACCUCCAGCUCCAGGGUGCAGCAGCAACAACAAUGGACAAGGGAACUGCAGGCCGAGGACCAGCGUUGUCAUCAGUAUCGAACAUGACUUGAUGAUGCUGGAGAACCAGAUACCAUUCUUCGUCGUCCAGAGGAUCCACCGCUUGCGAUACGGCAUUGGUGGAAAUGGAAUGGACACGGUUGAAGAGCUAGCCUGGAGGACCAUCAAAAGAAUUAUGAAUGACGCCCCGGCAGCGACCAGCUUUCCACCGGCGAAGUGCCACCAUUUGGUACAUCUGUGCCAUGAAUACCUGAGGCCAAGCAACCUCGACAAGUCACUAGGCGCAUGCGGUGAUUAUGGAAGAUUCCGGCGAGCCAUCGAGUACCACGAGGCCGGUGUCAAGUUCAG